AUGGGAAAUUAAAUGCAUUUUGCAAAGACAAUGGAUGAAUCUAUUUUUAAUAAAAAUAUACCCUUAAACUCUUAAAUCUAACAUCUAGGACGAUAAAACUAUUAGCAUAUUGAAAGUGUUGAACUAUAUAAACUCAAAAACGAAGUGACAAAAUUUCCAACAAUUUUUGAAAAAAUAAUAGCUAAUUCUGUUUCAAGUGAAUAAGAAGGAUAAUUGUUUAAUUUUCAUAAUCAAGCCUAAAGUUUAUAUCAUCCAAACCUAAUAAAAUAUUAUGGGUUUUAUAUUGAUCCUGAAAUCACAACUAAUUUAAUAAUUAGUAAAUGGUAUUAUUAAGCACUUAAUAAGACAAUCAAAAAUAUAUGUUCAUAUCAUUUUUAAUAUAAAUCAUUAAUACCAGAAAAAGAUUUGUGGAAUGUAUCUAUUUUAAUAUAAUUAUGAAUAGUAUCUGUAUCAAAUAUUUUAAGGACUUCAAUUUUUAGAAACAAAAUAAUAGUGGCAUUUAUAAAUAUAACCAGAUGCUAUAUAUUUAGAUUAAAAUAUGUAAGUACGAUUGAUACCAAUGGGAAUUUUAAGAAUAUUGAGUGGCUAUUCUCUUGUCUUUAAUAAAUAAGGAUAAGCUUUGCUUUCUCCAGAAUUAAUUGAACAAUUAAGACUUAAAAAUAUAAAUCCAGUUCAUGAUCCCUCUAAAUCUGACAUCUUCUCUUUAGGUAUGACUCUGUUAGAAUUUAUGACCCUUAAAAGCAGUUUUGAUUGUUAUUCAUUCAAUACUAAUCCUCCUUAAUUAAAUGAUCAAUUAAUUGAAGAACGUUUAUAAGAAUCAAUUAUGAAUGGUUAUUCAGAUGAUUUAAUUAAAUUAACAAAAAAUAUGCUUUAAAGAGAUAUGCAUUAUCGAGUUGGAAUUAGAGAUGUUUUAGUACACAAUUAUCAUAUUAUUAGAAUUCCAAAGAAUUAAAUCAAAAUUAUCAUAAUUAGGGUAACAAUUUGUCUCCUUUAAAGCCAACAUUAAAUUUGAGUAAUCCAAGAUAACAAAAUGUUAAUUAAUAAGAAUAAAAACCAUUUAUAUAACCUUCUAUACCUGUUCCUAUUGAGCAAUCCAAUUUUCAAUAGAAUUAAGUUUCAAUAUUCAAACCUUAUCUUGAACUAAAUAAAUUAGAUAAUAUUUCCAAUUUUUAAUAAUCAUAUCAUUUUAGAGAAAAAUAAGAUGAAGAAUAACUUCUAAGAGAAUAACAAAUUAAUAGAUAAUUGGAAUAAUAAUUAAAACAAUAGCAAUAGAUGUUAUAAUAAUAAUGUUAAUAACAAAAAAAAUAAUAAUAAAUAAUCGAAGAAUAGUAAAGACAAUUGUUUUCUCUUUAGUAGUAAAUUAAGCAGAUUGCAACUCAAAUAGAAUAAAGCCAUAUUGAACCAACAGAAAUCUUGAACUCUUCAAAUUUACAAGAUAAUUUCAACUAUUAAAUCAACUUGCUUCCAACUCCUCCAAUUACUUAUGCUAGCCCAAUUAAACACACUCUUAAUGAUUUCACAGAAAAUAUUGAGAUUUAGAAUAGAGUUAAUUAAGUUUUAGCCUAAUCAAGAUAAGCAAUAAGUCGAUAUAAAAAUUGA